GUGGCGUCUCAUGCCGAGCCUGCUCAUGGCCGCUCGACGCCUCCAAUGGUCCGCGGCGGCGCUCCUCCUGCUCUUCCUCGCAGCCGGAGCGGCGGGGUCCGCGGCCAGGCGCAGGGAGGUCGUGACCUCGCCGCACGGUGCCGUGGCGGCGGACGACGGACGGUGCUCGAGGAUCGGUCGUGACGCCCUCCGCAGCGGCGGGAACGCUGUGGACGCGGCCGUCGCGUCGUCGCUCUGCCUCGGCGUCGUAAGCCCCGCGUCCAGCGGCGUCGGCGGGGGCGCGUUCAUGCUCGUCAGGCUCGCCGACGGCACGGCCAUCGUGUAUGAUUCCCGCGAGACCGCGCCGCUGGCAGCCACAAAGGACAUGUAUGGCGGCAACGAGACACUGAAAGCAAGGGGCGCACUCUCCAUCGGUGUCCCGGGGGAGAUCUUGGGCCUCUACGAGGCGUGGAGGCAGCACGGCAAGCUCCCAUGGAAGAGCCUUGUGACGCCGUCCGCCAAGCUCGCCCGGGCGUUUAGGAUAUCACCGUACCUGCGGAUGCAGAUGGAAGCGACCAGGGACGGCAUCCUCGGCAACGCCGGGAUACGAGCUGUGUACGCCCCGCACGGCGACAUCCUCAAGCUAAACGACGUGUGCCGCAACGUCGCGCUCGCGAAGACGCUCGAGGCCGUCGCCGUGGGAGGGCCGGACGCGUUCUACAGAGGUCCGGUGGCGGAUCAGCUGGUGAAGGACGUGAGGGAGGCUGGAGGGAUCAUGACCAAGGAGGAUCUGGAGAAGUACCAGGUUAAGGUGCGGCGGCCACUUACAGAGAGUGUCAUGGGGCUUACUGUGCUCAGCAUGCCGCCUCCUUCUGCUGGUGGUGCCGGGCUCAUGCUGGUCCUGAACAUCCUUGCGCAGUAUGGAAUUUCUGGUAUUUCUGGCUCUCUUGGGAUUCAUCGCCUUAUUGAAUCCUUCAAACAUUAUAUGGCAGUAAAGAUGAAUCUUGGAGAUCCCGAUUUUGUUGAUGUUAGUGAGGUUGUCUCUGAUAUGCUCUCUCCCAAGUUUGCUGCUGAGCUGAAGAGAACAAUUUAUGAUAACAUGACAUUUGCCCCUAAACAUUAUGGUGGAAGGUGGAACAUCCUUCAGGAUCACGGCACCAGCCAUUUAUCCAUCGUCGACCGCGAGAGAAAUGCCGUGUCGAUGACGAGCACGGUCAACUCCUACUUCGGGUCCCUGAUCCUGUCCCCGAGCACGGGCGUCCUGCUCAACAACGAGAUGGACGACUUCUCUAUGCCGGCCAACACCACCGCCGACUCUCCGCCGCCGGCUCCCAACAACUUCGUCGCCCCUCUGAAACGGCCUCUCUCUUCCAUGUGCCCAACCAUCAUUCUCAAGGAUGGGAAACUGAAGGCCGCAGUGGGCGCCAGCGGCAGGAGCAUGAUCCCUGCCGGGACAAUCGAGGUGCUCCUCAACCACUUCGCCAAGAACAUGGACCCGUUGUCCUCUGUAAUGGCGCCGCGGGUUUAUCACCAGCUUAUCCCGAACGUGGUCCAGUACGAGAACUGGACGACGGUGACCGGCGACCGCUUCUUGCUGGACGCGACGACGAGAGCCGACCUGCUGAAGAAAGGGCACGUCCUGAAGCCGCUCGCCGGAGGAACCAUAAGCCAGCUCGUGGUGCACAAUGUGGAGAGCGGUGGGGAUCUGACCGCCGUGAGCGACCCGAGGAAAGGCGGCGUCCCGGCUGGCUACUGAACUGAUUUGUUUCCUAGCUGAGUACUUGAUCGAUUAAAGGCCUGAUUGGUUCCUCACAUGGAUUUUCCCCUGUUUCAGAUUUAGCCCGUACGAAUGCUGCAUGAGUGCAAAUCGAGUUUGGGCCUAUAUUUGCAUUUUGUUUAGUUACUAACAAAACAUUUUACUGCGGUUUCGUCCAUCGUUUGUUUGUUCGUAUUAGUGAAUGAACUUGGCUAUGGAGGAAAAUGUUGGAUGUUUGGUUGCAUACAC